GGCCUCCCAGGAGAGGGGACUGUUCAUCUCGAGGUGGCACCUGGCCGGCCGUGGGACCAUGACGCUGCUCUGGGAGCCCGUGGAAGCCUGGCUAGUGCUGGCCCUGGCCUUGGCGCUGGCCCUGGGCCCCAGUGUGGGCGUAGCUGCCCCGAGGCAGGACUGCACGGGUGUGGAGUGCCCGCCGCUGGAGCACUGCAUCGAGGAGGCGCUGGAGCCGGGCGCCUGCUGUGCCACGUGCGUGCAGCACGGCUGUGCCUGUGAGGGCUACCAGUACUACGACUGCCUGCAGGGCGGCUUCGUGCGCGGCCGCGUCCCUGCCGGCCAGUCCUACUUCGUGGACUUCGGCAGCACCGAGUGCUCCUGCCCGCCGGGCGGUGGCAAGAUCAGCUGCCAGUUCAUGCUGUGCCCGGAGCUGCCGCCUAACUGCAUCGAGACUGUGGUGGCGGCCGACAGCUGCCCGCAGUGUGGCCAGGUGGGCUGUGUCCACACUGGCCGCAAGUACGCCGCUGGCCACACCAUCCACCUGCCGCCCUGCCGGGCCUGCCACUGUCCUGACACGGGGGGCGAGCUCAUCUGCUACCAGCUCCCGGGGUGCCACGCAGAUACCGAGGCCAUGCCGGCCGCCUCCACUGGGAACUUCUCAGACGCUGAGGAGGGUGACCCCGAGCGACACUACGAAGACCCCUACAGCUACGACCAGGAGGUGGCCGAGGCAGAAGCUGCAGCGGCCCUGGCGGGCGAGCUCCCGGCAGGAGCACGGCGCCCAGCCUCUCUAGGAGGCGGGAGUCAGCCACCGUCAGCCAUCCAGGCCACCCCCUGGCCGGCUGCCCUCCCCAGGCCAACGGUGGCUGCUGCCCUGGGUCCCCCAGCCCCUGUGCAGGCCAAAGCCAGGAGAGUGACGGAGGACAGCCAGGAGGAAGGGGACGAGGAGAGGGAGGAGUUGAUGGUCAGGGAGUGGCUGGCAGCAGGUGGCCCUGAGGGGCUGGAUGGGCCGCCCGCUGCGGGCCCAGCUGGGCCUGGUCUCCCUGUCCAGGAGGAGGGCGCUGAGGCCAGGCCAGGGCCCGAAGAGAAUCUCAUCCCGGACGCCCUGGCCGCUCCCCACAGCACUGGGCAGGAGGGAGCUGGGCCCGUUCCAGAGUCAAGUACGGCCAGCGUCCUCCCAUCACAGGCCACGCUGAGCUCUCCUGGGGGCCCGACGAAGCCCAGUGCCCAUGCCAUCCUGACCACAUCUCCCCAAGAGGCAACCCUGGUUCCACCCGCCCAGGACGUGCCCAAGCAGCUGCCGGUUCUACCCCGUCCUCGGCCUGAGGAGGACACAGACCCCAACUCGGUCCAUUCUGUCCCCAGAGGUGACUCUGAAGUCUCCACGAAGGACCUGAUCGAGACGUGCUGCGCAGCUGGGCAGCAGUGGGCCAUCGACAACGACGAGUGCCUGGAGAUCCCUGAGAGUGGCGCCGAGGGUGACGUGUGCAGGACGGCCCAGAAGCACUGCUGCGUGUCCUACUUGAAGGAGAAGAGUUGCAUGGCCGGCGUCAUGGGGGCCAAGGAAGGCGGGGCCUGUGGGGCCGAGGACAGCGACACCUGUGGCACCUCCCUCUACAAGCAAUGCUGUGACUGCUGUGGCCUGGGACUCCGCGUGCGGGCCGAGGGCCAGUCGUGUGAGUCUAACCCCAACCUGGGCUACCCCUGCAACCAAGUCAUGCUCUCCUGCUGUGAGGGCGAAGACCCUCUCAUUGUGCCCGACGUCCGCCGGCCUCCGGAGCCCGAGGCCGUACCACGGAGAGUUUCAGAGGCAGAGUUAGCGAACCGGGAGGCCCUGUCGCUGGACACAGAGACUGAGCUGCCCAACAGCCUGCCUGGCGAUGACCAGGAUGAGUGCCUGCUCCUCCCAGGAGAGCUGUGUCAGCACCUCUGCAUCAACACCGUGGGCUCCUACCGCUGUGCCUGCUUUCCUGGCUUCUCGCUGCAGGAUGAUGGCCGCACCUGCCGUCCAGAUGGUGACCCUGCACAGCCAGACGCUGCAGAGGAGUCUGCACUGAGGCCAGAAUCCUCCCAAGUGGCCCCCAACACCAUCCCACUGCCACUGCCACAACCCAACACCUGCAAAGACCACGGGCCCUGCAAGCAGGUGUGCAGCGUCAUCGGGGACACAGCCAUGUGCUCCUGCUUUCCCGGCUAUGCCAUCAUGGCAGAUGGCGUGUCCUGUGAAGACCAAGACGAGUGCCUGCUGGGUGCUCAUGAUUGUAGCCGGCGACAGUUCUGUGUGAACACCCUGGGAUCCUUCUACUGUGUCAACCACACAGUGCUCUGUGCCGAGGGCUUUAUCCUCAACAUGCACAGGAAGUGCGUGGACAUCAACGAGUGUGUGACGGACCUGCACACGUGCAGCCGCGGCGAGCACUGCGUGAACACUGUGGGCUCCUUCCACUGCUACAAGGCUCUCACCUGCGAGCCCGGCUACGCCCUCAAGGACGGCGAGUGCGCAGAUGUGGACGAGUGUGAGCAGGGCACGCACAACUGCCAGGCGGGCUUCACAUGCCAGAACACGCAGGGUUCCUUCUACUGUCAGGCGCGGCCCCGCUGCAUGGACGGCUUCCUGCAGGACCCCGAGGGCAACUGUGUGGAUAUCAACGAGUGCACGUCGCUGUCCGAGCCGUGUCAGCCCGGCUUCAGCUGCGUCAACACGGUGGGCUCCUACACCUGCCAGAGGAACCCGCUGCUCUGCGCCCGUGGCUACCACGCCAGCCCAGACGGCACCAAGUGUGUGGACGUGAACGAGUGUGAGACUGGCAUCCACCAGUGUGGCGAGGCCCAGGUGUGCCACAACCUCCCCGGCUCCUACCGCUGCGACUGCAAAGCUGGCUUCCAGCGGGACGCCUUUGGCCGGGCCUGCAUCGACGUGAACGAGUGCUGGACCUCGCCGGGCCGCCUGUGCCAGCACACGUGCGAGAACACUCGCGGCUCCUACCGCUGCUCCUGCGCCUCUGGCUUCCGGCUGGCUGCCGACGGCAAGCGCUGUGAAGACGUGAAUGAGUGUGAGGCCCAGCGCUGCAGCCAGGAGUGUGCAAACAUCUAUGGCUCCUACCAGUGCUACUGCCGCCAAGGCUACCAGCUGGCCGAGGAUGGGCACACCUGCACAGACAUCGACGAGUGCAUUCAGGGCGCCGGCAUCCUCUGCACCUUCCGCUGUGUCAACGUGCCAGGGAGCUACCAGUGUGCAUGCCCAGAGCGGGGCUACACCAUGAUGGCCAACGGGAGGUCCUGCAAGGACCUGGACGAGUGUGCACUGGGCACCCACAACUGCUCCGAGGCUGAGACCUGCCACAACAUCCCGGGCGGCUUCCGCUGCCUGCGCUUCGAGUGUCCCCCCAACUACGUCCGAGUCUCUGAAACGAAGUGCGAGCGCACCACGUGCCACGACUUCGUGGAGUGCCAGAGCUCGCCGGCGCGCAUCACCUACUACCAGCUCAACUUCCAGACGGGCUUCCUGGUGCCCGCCAACAUCUUCCGCAUCAGCCCCGUGCCCGCCUUCGCGGGGGACACCAUCGCCCUGACCAUCACCAAGGGCAACGAGGAGGGCUACUUCGGCACGCGGCGGCUCAACGCCUACACGGGCGUCGUCUACCUGCAGCGGGCGGUGCGCGAGCCCCGGGACUUCGCCCUGGACGUCGAGAUGAAGCUCUGGCGGCAGGGCUCCGUCACCACCUUCCUGGCCAAGAUGCACGUCUUCUUCACCACCUUCGCCGUGUGAGGACCUGCCUGUGCGAGAGCCUUGCGGGGGGCUGCGGCUCCGGGGUCCUCCCGCCGGUCCUGGCCCCGCCCACCCACACUUCUUUCCCUGGCCGCUCACUGCAGCGUGGGGUGGGGCGGGGUGGGGCGGGCUGGGGGGGGGCGCGGGUAAUUGUGGCGGAUUUUACUAAAACUCUGUAAAUUAACUUAAUUUUGCUGACUCGGUUCCCGGGCCUCUCCUACGCCCCGCCCCGCGGGAGGGAGGUUGGCAGUGGGAGGUGUGGGGAAGCUUUGAGGGCAAUUCAAGGUCACCGCGGGUGCCCUGUGGUGGCGUCGGAGGACCAAAGGCUGGAUGGACCGUGACCGAAGACUGGAAAGACAGCGACCACGUUGGGGCUUUUGGACUCAACUGGAUGACCUGACCCCAAAGUUGAUAGUCAUUUUCAUGUUCCACUGUGAUUAGUUCUUUACUUUUUGAAAAAAUCAUUUUAUAGGGUUUUUUUUGUUUAAUUAUGAAAGUAGUACACAUACAUUGCAAAAAUACUCAAAUAGUACAAAAGGGUUAUAAGUAAAAAAGUGAAAAAAGAAAA